CCAUUACUACCCUCUUUCUCGCAGUCCGCAGCUAUAGUCUCAUUACAUGGUAGACAAGUCGAGGGCACCAUCGUCUUCGCGGCUCAGCGAAGGUUCCUCCCGUCAUGAGCAGAGCAUGGGCCAGCCCAACGGACACCUCACCCACUCACCUUCCAACAAGUCUCCCUCCACUUCUGGCCUAAGUACGUCCCUCCUUCUCUCGGUCAUCCCACAAUGGACAUGGGUCCUCUCAUUGAUCUUCGUCGGAUGCUGCUCCAACGCCUACUACCUCGAGUCUUCCACCUCGCAGAUCCCAAACCUAGGCACACUUAUCACCUUUCUGCAAUUCCUCUUCACCAUGCUCCUCGCCCUACCUUCGCAGCUGGAGUCUGCCUCCAGCACCAGCUCGGGUGGCAAAGGCGGACUCGCCGGAAUCAGAUGGAGGCGUAAUAGAGUACCACUGUCGAGAUGGGGAGUGCAGGUGUUACUAUACGCUUCGACGACGCUGCUCAAUAAUACGGCGUUUGCCUACGACGUGCCCAUGCCGGUGCAUAUCAUUUUCAGGAGUGGAGGAUUGGUGGUGAAUAUGCUCAUGGGAUGGCUGGUCAGGGGCAAGAGGUACUCACUGCUGCAGAUCACCUCUGUCUUCUUGGUCACCUUCGGCGUCAUCCUAUCCACAAUUUCCACCUCUCCCUCUCCUCCAGCCUCAGGAAGCAGCGAAUCCUCGCCAUCACCAGCCGUCCUAUCAAAAUACUUCAUCGGCAUCUCUCUCCUCUUCCUCGCCCUCUUCCUGUCCUCCCUCAUGGGCAUCUGGCAAGAAAUCACAUUUCAGCGGUACGGCAAGGAUCACUGGCAGGAGGCCAUCUUCUAUUCGCAUGCCCUCUCUAUGCCUCUUCUCGGGCUCAGAAUGGGAAAUCUCAAAGAGGAGGUAGGACUGGCAAUGGGUAGCGAAAAGGCCUGGCUGGGGAUAAAUGCUGCGGGCCAAAGCAGUCUCGCCUCGAAGGGGAGCUGGCCCCCACCCGGAGGCAUAUGGGACUUCUCCAUCCUCCUCCCCAUCCGCCAGCUUUCCUCCCUCCUGCCAAGCGCAGGCUUCUACCUCCCCUCCAUCCUUCCCCUUCUAGCACUCAACAUUCUCACCCAACUAGCAUGCAUCAAUGGCGUCAAUAGACUAACCGCACGCGUAUCCUCCGUAGGCGUCACCCUCGUCCUCGUGGUGAGAAAGGCAGUCAGUCUAGCCAUUUCUGUUCUAUUGGUAGGAGGAGCGAGAGGUGGAGAUAUGAAGACGUUGAGUCUGGGAGCGGUGGCUGUGGGAAUAGGUACGGUCGGGUAUGCUUGGGCGAGUAGUGGAGGAGGAGGAGGAGGUGGAGGGGCGGCCAGGAAAGGGAAAUUGGUCAAGAGCGACGACGAGGCCCAGGCGGAGGGGAGCGAGAAGUCUGGGUCCAUAUCCAGCUCGAGAGACGCUGGAGUCAAUGGAGACACAGUUCGUCGGCGGUCAGCAAGAAGUCAAUGAUGCUCCACCUUUCUUUUCUUUAUUCAUUACCUUCAAUGCUACUGCA